GAAGUGAAGAAGUGCAGUUCUGGCAAAAAAACGAGCAAACGCUUUUGAGUCCUGCUUUCCAAAAGAUGAUACAGGUUUCAACCACAAAAAGAAACCAGCUUCUUCAAGAAAAGCAAUGGUUACAGAAAGAAAUUGAAGACCUCAGAGCAAGGCUGGCUGUGCUAGAAGCAAAAGAUCAGCAGUUAAGAGGAGAUAUUGAAGAGCAAGAUAGGCUUAUUCAGUUGCAGGACUGCGAGUUGACUGCCUUGCUUAGCUGUGCAUCUUUGAGAGAGCUACAGGAAAUAAGCAAGGCCUUAGAGGACACUUUAGCAUCGUCAUAUCAAAUUCCAUUUAGUUUGGAUCUCCCUGAGACCAUCAAGAGCCUUCAGGAAAAAGAACAAUCACUCAGCAUGUCCGUUAAAGAAAUGACUACCAAAGUUUGUGCAAGUCAGAAACUAUGCAGUACUUUGAGGAGAAAAGUGAGUGAUAUUGAGACCCAGCUACCAGCUUUACUUGAAGCCAAAAUGCUUGCUGUAUCAGGAAGUAAUUUCUGUACUGCUAAGGAUCUUGCAGAAGAAAUAAGAUCAUUAACAUCUGAGAGAGAAGGGCUGGAGGGACUUCUCAAUGAGCUGUUGGUGCUGAAUGCCAGAAAUGUCCAAAAAUUAGAGAGAAUUAAAGAAGAUUACAACAGAUUGAAACAAGAACUGGAGCAGGGGGAGUCUGCCUUUGAGACAAACAUGAAGGAAGAUGCUGUGAAAUUCAUGGAGAUGCUGGAGGAUAAGCUGCAUAGCUGUGGGAACCAGCUGCUCAAAAGAGUGUGGGAAGCUGACUUGGAGGCCUGUCAGCUGUUGUUCCAAGAGUUUCAGCUGAAAGAAGCUGGUUGCUGUGUUUCAGAGGGAGAAGAGGGCCGAACAGAUGAGGUGGAUGCUGCUGAUGAUCACUGUUCGGACACAGAGAGAGGAAAAGAAAGCCACUUUGCAAAAGGCACAGAGCAGGCCGCUGUUCCAUACCCCACUGCUCAAACCAAAUGCCGUGAACUCAAAGAGGACUUCCACUUAUUUUCUGCAGAACUGGGAGAAAAAUGUGAAGCAAUAAGUGAGAAACUGGUGCAAUUAGAAGAUCAACUCCAAACAUCAGUCUGCAGCUUGGAUGACAGUUUUAUUCAGUCUCUACAGCGGGAGAUCCAGAUGGUGAAGGAAACUCUGCAGGCCAUGCUGAUGCAGCUCCAGCCGGAUAAGGAGGCAGGAGAAGAUGAGGCUGGAGACUUCCUCUGUGACAGCUGGUGUCCAGGAAAACAAGACUUAAAGGAAUAAUGUAGAGGGGGGUCUGGUGUUUUAACGUUAAUUCACAAAGGGUUGCUUUUAGUAAUGGAAUACUGUCUUACCAAGCCUUGAGGAUCUCUUCUCUCCCUGCAUAACUAAUAACAACUAAAUCAAUUAUGGAGAAAUGGAGCCUGGAGGUUUAUCAACAGAAGUGUUCUACACAGCUUCACAUGUUCUGGCACAGACUAGCAGAGCAUCUCCUGUAAUUGUGUAGAUUACAAAUUGAUACAUUUCAAGUGAUUCAGCAGAGUCUCCUCUAAUGUCAGAGUGAGAUUUUUCUAACUGUUAUAAACAAUUUCCUUACUUGUGCAUUCUUCAAUCUUUUUCUCCUUCAACAUGUAACAUUAAAGGCAGUAUUCUUCAGUAUUGCUGAGAGACAGCUGAAGAAAUAAGUAAUUUUUUGUCUUUGUAACAUCUUUCUUACACCCACGUUAUUUUCAGAUUCCUACAAAAUAUAAGACCACUAGGAUAGAAUUCAAAGUAACUAAAUUCUUUUAACUUAAAUUAGGACUGCACUUAGCCAGUGGCAUUCAACAUAGCAGAGAAAAUUAACAUCAGACUAGAGAAUAAUAACUUUUCAACCAUUUUCAUUUACAUUUUAUAGCAAAUGCAUAUUAAUACCAAAAGCUCAGAACAUUUAAAGUGAUAACCUACUGAUUUGUGGUCUUUAUAUUUGAAUAAUGUGUGAACAUUAAGUCAUUUUUCUUAAUACUAUGCUUACUUCUUUAACCUGCCCUGUAUUGUCAUAAAAAUGAAAGGUUUUUGGAUGUGUAUAUACAUACAUAUGUUUGAUAAAGUUAUAUUAUCUGUUUAAUCUCUUUAUUUGCUACAGGAAAAAAGAAAAAGAUUGGAAGUAAAACCAGCUAAAUAUUGGUGAUUUACAAUGGUGCAAUAUUCAAACAAUUAGUAAAUUGUGUACUCUUAAAUCAGAACAUUCUUACUUGGAUGCUAAAAUAAACUGAGGUUAUCACAUUUUCA